CAAUAGACAACAAAUAAAAGCCUACCGACCCUCAAUCAACACGCCAAUCCGUGAAUGCCUCGCGUUGGAAUUUCGGCUUGCACGGGCAGUUCACCGGACAACUCAUGGAGAUGUUGCCAUGGUACCCAGCGAAAAUUUCCUCAAUCUUCGUAGCGAACACUCUAUCGCCGUCGCCAGGCCAGCCGUCCGUUGCUGCGGUCACGGCAAACCCUCAGAAUACUUAAAACUUCCGCCACCAUUCCACCUUCUCUCUCCACCACAUUUGCUCUUAUCUGCUACAAUGGCUAAGCUCUCUCGCGAGAACUUCGCUCCUACUUGCAACACUGCCCGGCGUGUGCCCAGCAAGCUCGCCGCUGCAGCAGAGGCUAUUGCUGUUGUCAACCCCGUGCAGAGGCCCCGACCGCCGCCUCUCGCACGCGCGCCGAACCAGUCGGCUACUACGUCAAGUUCUAAGAUCCCGGUCCUAGCUGCGUAUCGUUUCGCGGCUGGAGAGGCUGAGAUCUUUCGUCAGCCCUUCUUUUUCAAGGGGUUCGGACGACACAUCAAGCUCUAUCCUACUAAUUGUUCGCCAGGUUCGGUGUAUUUGUCGAAGAUCCCCGUGCGAACGUUCGCGACCAAACCCGCAAGCGCCGUCACGAACAAGAGCUCGAUCGAGAACGCACGCGCGCAGGCCCCCGCGGAAGGGAAGAAGAAGUCGAUGACGGAGCGCAAGUUCGGCCGCACUCCUGGCAAGUCGGAGACUAUGGUUAGGAAGUGUCGAACCUCAGCUAGAUUGCCGCAAGUCGCCGGUCGACUGUCGAAGCCGUCAAAGCUUCGAACUGCGGCAUCUACUGAGCUUGAGGCGACAAGUAUUCGUCGGCGCACAUCUAUUCGCGCGAAGACUACGUUUACCGCCCGGAACAAGACAAAACAGACGCCUGCUCAGUCUCGCAAUGCUCUUCCUGCACAUAAGCGUGCUGUCAGCACUGUCAACAAGGACGACGUCAAGUCUGCCCAGCUGCCCCCAAAGACUGGUCGCCGGGUUCAGAUGUCCAAGCCGACCGCGACUCGCAAAGCUCCAAAGCCGCUCGUUGGUAGUGGAGCGAGGCAGCGUGACCUAUCUAAGGCCCGCAAGCUCGAGCGGGAUAUUGACGACGUUCUGCAAGCUUUGGACGCAUUUUCGGCUGAGCAGGACACUCUCGGGCCGCCCCUUCUAAGUGAUGAGUACAUCGCGAGUCUCGCCGCCAACGCGGACCGUCGAUCCUCUGCCGCCUCGUCUGUCACCCUUUCGCCUGAUACAUCGCCACUUAAGAAGGAUGUCCGCUUCGAUCAGCAUGUUUUCAUCCUCCCGACCGAUUCUUCUGAAAGUCGAUUGCUGGUCUCGCUUCAGCCAGAGCAUGAUCCGUCAGUCAGGCAGAUGGUCAACAAGCGGAAAAGGGAUACGCAGAGCACUGGUAGCAAGGUCAUGUUCGCUCGGGACCCUCUUACGGGCUCCAUCACGCUCCAGAAGGCCUUCCUCUCCCGUUUCACCGCCGUGCAGCGUUACCAGCGGCGGCUGAUCGAGGAGCACGAGCAGGUUGAGGCAGAGAAGCCGUUGCACGCCCAGCGCGAGUACGGCAACGCGGAAUACAAGGUGUAGCUUGGGGCGACUGGAUUCGUUACCCUCGACGAUAUCGGGAAGACAACAGCACUCUUUGGCGAGAAGUACUGCGUUUACGGAAGCCCGACGAUCAAGAGCGAGUUUCCCUUUUGGAUCAACUGUCGGGUUCCUCGAGACGUGCCGCCACCGCUUGAGGAGUCUAUUGUGCCAGCGAGCUGCAACAAGACUGGUGG